GGUGCAGAUUGGGAGUCAGGGAAGUUCCACGUUGUGGCGACAAGCACCCAACAAAGAGCGCGUCAGUGGCGUCCGUACCGAUGACGAAACGGUCUGUGUGUUACGCUUCGCGAGGACAUGGCUGUGAUUACCCAUAAAGCGCCCGAGACGCGCGCGGCGCCUGGUCUGCAGCUGGACUGAAAACUUCCCCGAGGCCCUACUGAAGACCCGGGAGUGUAAGAUGUUGGGACUGAAGACAAUUUAUGACGUGCAUAUCAUAAUAUUUGGGUCUACGAUGGCUAAACUCAUUCCAAUUUUUUUAAAUGUAUGGCAUACAACCUCCUAUAGAUGAGGCUGGGACAGUAUCCUGAAACAAACUCCCCUCUGAAUUUCCUGACCCCUUUCAUACAUGUCCAUCCUGUCCCCUACUCGAUAUGUCACAAACCGACAGCAUAUAUCAGGGCCCUCCCCAAACGGACACCAAACACAGUCUCCCGAACCUCUCCAAACCUGAUAACUCCAGGAAGAGGCCCACGAUGCCCUACUUUGACUUAAAUAUUACAAACUUGGCUGAAAUUCUGGGGGUCAGGUGGACUCCUCUUUCAUCAUCUGCCAUCCUGAAGAGCAUCACAAAGGUCAAAGUGGUUAGCUUCCUUUUGGGUUUGACGUUAACCUUUCUCAUCAUGGCUUCAUAUAUCCUGACCUGGGACCGGAAGCCUAUUCUUCUUACCUCUUCGCCCUUUCAGCUUAGGCCUGUGGUCGUCCCACCCAUCACCGCUGCACCAGUGCUUUAUUCAGACAAGAAUAUUCUAGAUAUGAAACUACUGGUGAGGAGCAUCAUUUCCAAACUUGAAUACACACCCAGGAAGGUGCCAGAUGAAAGGGAUAUAACUGGAACUGACCCUCAACUGUUUUCUGUGAUUCCUCGCCAGUUCCUGCCCAGCAUCAAGAGCCCCUGCUGGCACAAGGAGUUCUUUAGUAAAUCUAACAUUGAUCCGUACAAAAGGAACCUGUUCACUCUUCGCUCAAAGAGCUUCAGGACUGUUUGUGACUAUCUGAGCACAAACUUCCAGGAACACUUGUAUCACCGAGACGGCAAACAGUUUCGCCUGCGGUGCUUGCCCUACUUCUACAUCAUUGGCCAACCCAAGUGUGGCACAACAGACUUGUUCCACAGACUGCUGCUGCAUCCAGAGAUCAAGUUCGCCACAAUGAAGGAGCCACAUUGGUGGACCAGGAAACGCUUUGGGUAUAUCCGUUUUAAAGAUGGUUUCCAGGAGCGCUUCCCUGUGGAGGACUACCUGGACCUGUUUGACCUGGCAGCCCAUCGCAUCCAGGAAACCAUCACUGGCAACUCAUCUGGAGACCACAGCAAGGUUCAACUCAUCACAGGUGAGGCAAGUGCAUCCACUAUGUGGGACAACCAAGCCUGGAGCUAUCUCCAUGCAGAGAGGGAAGAGGCAGAAGAACCUCCCUUCCUGGCACAGGACUUCAUCCACGCAGCCCAGCCGGAUGCUAAAAUCAUCAUCAUGCUCAGAGACCCAGCGGAGAGGCUGUAUUCUGACUACCUGUACUUCAAGAUGGCCAACAAGUCAGUGGAGGACUUCCAUCAGAAAGUCAUAGAGGCUGUACGACUAUUUCAGUCCUGUCUGUCCGACAGUUCCCUUCGCUCCUGUGUCUACAAUACCAGCCUCUCCAACACCAUGCCGGUUAGGCUAAACCUGGGCAUGUACAUUGUCUUCUUGCUGGACUGGCUGACAGUAUUUCAUAGAGACCAGAUUCUAAUUCUUCGACUGGAGGAUUAUGCCGCCAACCUCAGACUGACAAUAAAGAAAGUCUUCAAUUUCCUGAAUGUCGGUCCUCUGUCGGGGCAGGCCGAGGCAGCUCUGGCUAGGAGACCCAUGUCCAACACCCGCCGGGCGGCAGACAGAAGCCUUGGCCCCAUGCUCCCGACCACGAGAGAGCUGCUCAGGGAUUUCCACCAGCCAUUCAACCUCAAGCUAGCCAGCUUACUGGGCAACAGCGCCUUCCUCUGGACAGACACAUGAAGGGACCACAAGCCACUCUAACGUGGAUGAAUUGCAUUAAGGACGACCCGGGCAACUGCAAGAAGCACAAGCAGGAUACCAGUGUAUGAACAGGCAAACACUCCCGGGACAAUUAGGUGGACUCCCAGAAUGUGGUGACAUCUGAUGUGUGUUACGUGUGUGCUGGUUUGUGUUGGAGGUAUAUUUAUUUGUCUUUGAAAGAAUAAGUGUGUUGUUCUCAACAAGUGGAUGAUAGUCCGGAUGACAAUGCCCUCUCUUGAGGAUGUCACAACAUGUCUUCCUUCCUUGGCAACCAAACACAGACAAAAAAAGCCCUGAAAGAGACACAAAGGGAAGGUUGUCCAUGGCUAAUCCAUCCAUUAUGUGCAAGUAGUUGGCAUUUCACAAUGCAGUAUUACGAUACUGGAAAACAAAGCUAAAUCCAUAACAUUUCAGUCGACACAAGUUAUGAUUUCCACAAAUGGAUGGCCUCACUGACAUAAGGGACUGAGACAAAAUGGUACUUUUGAGCAACAUAUCGGUGCACAGCAGGACAAAAUAGGUUUGCAUUCAUCUCCACCAUCUCUCUGUAGACUGUAGAUUGUAAAAUGGGAUUGCUUGAAUGCAACACACACACACACACACACACACACACACACACACACACACACACACACACACACAAUUCAUAAAAAUCAACAGAGUAUAUGUGAGUGUUGAUUUUGCUCAGUCUUUGCUCAGUGUCUGAUUUGAAAGUCCGACAUGGUUCUGGACAUAUGAGAUUCCUGGAACUGUCACAAGAGGGCAGCUAAACCUCGUAGCGUGAGUUAUGGCUACUGAGUUCAUUCAACAUCCACUUUAGCUAUUCAGUGUGUUUGCUAAAUAGUGACACCAUCACAAAUAUUCAACAUUUUACAGGAUGUAUAGGGCCCAAUACAUUUAACAACUCAUCUAAAAGUUCCACAGACUUCCUUUUAGGGAUUUUAUUUAUUUAUUUUUUGGUUGAAAAUGUGGGGUUUUUCUUAGUUAUUGGGGUAGCUCAUGGGAACAUGUGACGUAAGCACAAGGAUGUGCUAAAUUCUCAGGCAGCUCAAGAGUGAGACUGCAAAUUCCCUUUUUUUUGCAUCUUAGUAAUGUUAAAAGAACAGCUACUUGCUUCUUUUUUUCUUUUUUUUUUGUCGGUCACUAUGUGAGCCUAUGUGCAAUGACAGAAAAUAUAUCUCGCAAACCACGGCCUGGCUGAUAUGAGAAGCUGCAUGCACUAUGUAGCAUUAAAGCUAUUUCUGAUAGUAAUGAUGAAAGUCUAAUAUGUUCAUCCUAUAGAAACUGGAGUUUGUGCAAUAUGCCAACGCACCAGUAAAAUGAAACACUGCUGUCCAGAAGAGAUGACUGAAGGUCAUCCUGUAGGUUUUAAAAUGAAUAUUUGGACUGAUUCCAGAAACCCAAUAUUAUUCACAUCAUUUUGAGCCCUUUUAUUCCAGCAGGGGGUUGAGAAUUAUGCAUGUGGCAUCUGGGUCCCACACACGAUUAUAUGUGUGUGUGUGUGUGUGUGUGUGUGUGUGUGUGUGUGUGUGUGUGUGUGUGUGUGUGUGUGUGUGUGUGUGUGUGUGUGUGUGUGUGUGUGUGUAUAUAUAUGUUUGUGUGUGUGUGUGUGUGUAUAUAUAUACACACACACACACACACACACACACACUGAUCACCCAAAACAUUAUGACCACUGACAGACAAGUGAAUAACAUUGAUUAUCUCAUUACAAUGGCACUUGUCAAGGGAUGGGAUGUAUUAGGCAGCAAGUGAACAGUCAGUUCUUGAAGUUGAUGUGUUGGAAGCAGGAAAAAUGGGCAAGUAUAAGGAUCUGAAUGACUUUGACAAGGGGCCAAAUUGUGAUGGCUAGACAACUGGGUCAGAGCAUCUCCAAAACAGCAGAUCUUGUGGGGUGUUCCCGGUAUGCAGUGGUCAGUACCUACCAAAAGUGGUCCAAAGAAGGACAAACAGUGAAGCAGUGACAGGGUUAUUGGCACCCAAGGCUCAUUGAUGUGCAUGGGGAGUGACUGCUAGCCCGCCUGGUCCGAUCUCACAGAAGAGCUACUGUAGCUCAAACUGCUGAAAGUGUUAAUGCUGGCUAUGAUAGACAGAUGUCACAACACACAGAGCAUCUCAGCUUGCUGCGUUUGGGGCUGUAUAGCUGCAGACCAGUCAGAGUACCCAUGAUGACCCCUGUCCACCACUGAGAGUGCCUACAACGGGCACGUGAGCAUCAGAACUGGACCAUGGCGCAAUGGAAGAAGGUGGCCUGGUUUGAUGAAUCACUUUUUCUUUUACAUCAUGUAGACAGCCGUAUGUGCAGUUUUUUUUUUUACCUGGGGAAAAGAUGGCACCAGGAUGCACUAUGGGAAGAAGAAAAGCUGGCAGAGGCAGUGUGAUGCUCUAGCCAAUGUUCUGCUGGUAAAGCUUGGGUCCUGGUAUUCAUGUGGAUGUUACUUUGACAUGUACCACCUACCUAAACAUUGUUGCAGACCAAGUGCAUCCCUUCAUGGCAAUCAUAUUCACUGAUGGCAGUGGCCUCAAGUGGUUUUAAUGUUUUGGCUGAUCGCUUUAUAUAUGUAUGUGUGUAUAUAUAUAUAUAUAUAUAUAUAUAUAUAUAUAUAUAUAUAUAUAUAUAUAUAUAUAUAUAUAUAACUUUGUUAAAAGAAACACUCAAUGGUAGGGAAAGUGCUCAACAAAAAAGGAUCAAAAUAAGUGAGUCAAGUAAAUUCUUUGAGACAGUCUCAUAAAGAAUUUACUUGACUCACUGGAUUAUAUAUAUAUAUAGCGUUUUUUUCCAAAACCGUCAUGGUGUUGAUAGAAGUGCUCAAUUAAUGAGGAGUGGAAUAUCAAUACAGAUGCAGGAAAGAAAAAACUUUUAAUACAUAGCCGCUGAUGAGGCUGAUACAUAGCCUCAUCAGCUGCACAUUAGCAGCUGAUGAGUGCGCGGUGCACGAAACAGGCCUGUAUGGCUAUGUAUUAAAAGUUUUUUUCCUGCAUCUAUAUAUAUAUAUAUAUAUAUACAUACAUA